AUGCCUUAUACGCCGCCAUCUCGGUCACCCGCCUCUUCUAUUUCCGUCUCUCCAGACGUCAGUCGACGAUCCUCCAUACACAAUGGCUCUCGUCCCUCACUUCCGCACUCGGCCUCGUACCUAAACAAGCACCGUCGCACACCCUCCAUCACAACCGUCAGCCCCGAACCAACACCCGUCCACCCUCCGAACUCGAGCUUGCGACAGUCUCCUCCCCCCGUCACGGAUAUCCGCCCCAUCCCCGCUGGCGCCAUAAUCUCCCCUCCCGAGUCCGCAUCUGGCAGUGAUGACGAGUUCAAAUCCUCGUCGCAAGACGAUUUAAAGGAUCUCCGCGAUGCCGUCAGCCAGUUGUCACAGGGCACGCUCUUGUCCUCGGAUGAGAACCUGGCCUAUUCCGCCUACGGCAUCCCUUCCCAGUCGCCCAUGCGCAUCAGCUUCAGCACAACUGCUCUCUCGCCAUACCCUGGGAGUCCUGGCCGCCAUAUAAGUCACGGCCGCUCUGCGACUGAGCCUCAUGCCGGUUUUUCUGCAUCGGCCGAGACCUCGGCUACCAUUUCCUCCGAGUCUGAGGAGGACCUACGCUAUAAGCCGCAAAUGGUCAGGAAGAAGUCGGGCGAACUGGUGCGACCGGCCCUGCGUGGUUCUUCCCGCCGCCGUCCCUCGAGCAUGCCCGGCACCCCCGUCUUCUCCAAGGCCGUCCAUUUCGACUCACACCUCGAGCAUGUCCGCCAUUUCCUCCAGGUUGACCGGCCCUUGGCUGUCAGUGCCGGGUCCUCCCCAGUGGAAGCGUAUGAGAGCGACAAUGAGUACCCCUUCCCGGGCGGGCCAAAGACGAGGACUCCUCCGUUCGAGUGGGAGCUCGCCACCACCAACUUUCCCCACGACAACAACCUGAUCCGCCGAGCCCUGCCCGCUCGUCUGGAAAAGGUGUGGCUGUCCAAGGAUCAAAAGUCCCUGCAGGCGUCCAUCAGCGUCGCCAACCUCACCUUUGAGAAGCUCAUCACUUGCCGCUUCACCCUUGAUGGGUGGAAGACGACCUCAGAGGUGACGGGAGAGUAUACCUGCCCCAUUGACGCUCGCGAGGGCACACCCGGACACGACCGCUUCACCGUGUCCAUCCAGCUGGCUGACACGGCCAACCUGGAGUGCAAGACGCUCUUCUUGUGCAUCCGCUACCUGGUUAAUGGCCAGGAAUACUGGGACAACAACAGCGGCUCCAACUUCCAGGUUGACUUCCACAAGAAGUACCUGCCUCAACGCGGCAAGGGUCAGUUUAACGGCACUAACAAGGCGCCUGGUAGUCUGCCGCGCAGCAGCCGUCGUCAGAGCCACAGCACUACCCCCCGGCCAGUCUCGAUGCCUGCGUCGCUCGACGACUUUGCCGACGAGCCGGGCUUCCGAUUCGACCAGCCUUUGCACGAGUAUCUGGGCGAAUGUGGGAGCGGCCUACGUCUCAAGUCCAAGUCCUUCAACAACCUGGCCAGCGACAACAUGAUCAAGUCGCUUGCCACGCCUAGCGGAGCCGCGUUUGCUAACCGCUACGACUUUGGCGCCUCACUAGAUGCUGUCAAGUCUCGCAAGGACUCGUCUCCCAAGGAGGCCGACACUCUGUACAUGAAGAGCAACACAAAGGGCUCCUUGCUCUCUAACCUCGGCGCUCCACACACUGUGGUGGUGGCGGCGCCCGGUACAGCCAUUGCCAGCUCGUCGUACGAGGAGCUGGUCAACAAGUACUGCUUCUUCGGCGGCAAGUCUUCCCCCCAGGAGACGCCGGCGCGGCCCAAGGUUGACACGGCCGACGCGCAGAUACUCGAAAAGUACGAGGUAUCACCGCCCGCGUCACCGAACAAGGACAGCAUUGCCACGAUGAAGACGGCUGAAUACGUGUUGCCCAAGCCUACGCUGCGGUCCAUGUCUCCCAGCUUCACACCAGCCACGGGGACGACGGCGGCCGAUGUUGCUCUGCAAGCGCAACAGACGCCCGGCCGAUUUGUGCCGGCGACUGCGAUCCGGGGAUAG